AUGCAGUAUCAACAGCAGCAACUGCAGCAGCAACAACGGCAGCAACAACAACAACAACAACAACAGCAGCAACAUGAAGCCAUUGCAUUAAGAACCAUAGAGAGCAAUCAACCAUCAGCUUCAACUUCUAGUGCUCGUCAAGAAGAGAGCUAUGGUGGUCAUUCUCUUUCCGAGGAAGACAAAGAAGAAAUGUUAAAUAAGAUGAAGAGGAAAUAUCCUAACUGUAAUGAAGAUGUUGUUCGAAUCACCCUAGAAUCAAGGAGGCAGAAGAAGAAAGAGGAACAGAAGAGAAAAGAAGAAGAGCGCAAGAAAAGAGAACAAGAAGAAGCAAAGAGAAUUGCAGAAGAAAGGAAAAGAAUCUUAAAUAGUUUUAAAGCAGAGUUUGGUUCAGUUCUUGAUUCAGAAGUCAUUGCUCAAGCACUUGAAGAACUUAAGUAUGAUGAGUACAAUUGCAGGAAAAUUCUGGAAAGUGUUAAAGCGGAUCAAAUUGAAAGGGAAAGAAAAAGAAAAGAAGAAGCAGAAAAGCAGGCCAGGGAACAAGCUGCAAAUGUAAAGAAAUCUCAACCCAAACCAAAACCUGACCCAAAACCAAAAGCAGAGACCAGCAAAAAGCCUGAUCCCAAGAAAGGUGAUCCCAAGAAGAAAGCUGAUCCCAAGAAGAAAACUGAUCCUAAGAAGGCACCUAAACAAACGUCUCAGCCAAAAGAAAAGGUUGUUCAUCAUAUUCUAAGGUCAUCAAGGCCUACAUUCAAGUCUCCUUUACUUGGUCAUCCCACUGGAUCUAACCCUUCUCUUUACAAAGGACCAAACCAUGAUAUACUUAUCAUGCAGCGUGUUGCAGUGACUGGACCUCUCCGUGAUAACAGUUUGGGAUCCAAUCCUGAUAAUGUACGUGGCCCAUGUGGUCCCAUGACACAGAAAGAUACCCUUAAUAAAGGUCCACAAGAAGUAAACCGUUGUGGUCCUCAACCAUGUCUUGUCAGGGGAUCAAUUUAUGUUGCUUUAACAGCAAUUUAAUCAUUUAAAUUAUGCACCACAGUAUAUCUUUAUACUUUAUGGUUAAAUUGCAUUUACAAGAACAUUUACCAUUAACAAUGCCCUUCAUGUAGGUUAGUUUAGCUGGUGUAAAGGUCAGCAUAUGAAAUCCAGUGGGUUGUCUGUCUUCACUAACGCACAAGCAUAAGAACAAGAAUCAGGAUUUUGUUCUUGUUCUCAUUUCUAAUGUUUAGAGAGGACAUGCUUUUAAAGUUACAAAUGCAACCUUAUGGACUUUAAUGAUUAUGAAUAAGCAAUUAAUAACACGAAGGCAUGUUGCACAGCAUUUUAUGCUUUAUCAAUGUGUAAAUUUUAUUAUAAAAUUCAAAGAUGUAAAUAUAUUCACAAUAACAAGCAUUCAAUAAAAAUACAUGUAUAUAAAAGUGAAUUCAUACUUGGCCAUUAUAUCACAGUCAAUUCUUGUCUUGCAGGAACUCUGAUAGUAUAAACGCACUGUUCAUUUCAAAUGUAAAUGCAGAAAACUACCUCAUAAAACUACCUCAUAUAUUGUCACUUUAAAAUUCACAAUUUAAAUACUUGAUUUACGGUUCAAAUGGUAUUCAAUAUAACUAUUGUUGACUGUAAUAAUUUAUUUUAUAUAUAACAAUCCUUGCAGCAUUUCUUCAAUCUUUUUUCUACUUGCAAAAUGCAAAUAUUAUGUAGUAAUUUACAAGUAUUGGGAUCAAUAAAUUAUCAAUAAAAGUUA